GCCGCCGCCGCUGCGCAGGGAGCAGCUGCUCCCUGACACAUCCCCCCGCUGCCAUAUUGUGUCCGCGCUGCCGGCCGCACGGCUUCAUGACCGCGGUGCCAGCUCACAUUUUCCAAGCUCUGCAGAAGAUAGCUGGACACAUCAGCUCUGAACUGAAACAAUUAACGUGGCGCAGAGCUUGAGCUAAUGAACUUAAGCUGAGCACCAGGGGACACCAACCAAGGAGUGUGCUGCCUCAACAGCUCCAACCGCUACAGGUUUUCUGCUUGAGGAGCCUCCCCGUGUCCUCUGGGGAGCUUGGGAUGGAAGGUGCCAGCAUUGCCACCAGCUAUCUUGGUGUCAGGAUGUGCCAGUCCAACCACUAAAGCUAAAUGGGUCCAGUCACUGGAAUGACGCCGGAUAAGAAAGCUGAAACGCCAGGAGCAGAAAAAGCUGCAGGAUUACGGCAGUGUCACGGGAUGGGAAGCUUGCCCGAUGCAGGCGAUGCCGGCAGGCCGAAGGCCACUGUGGUGGACAGAGAUUCAGCAGAUGACGAGCUCACAAAUUUGAACUGGCUGCAUGAAAGUACUAACCUUCUAACAAACUUCAGCCUUGGAAGUGAGGGUCUUCCAAUAGUUAGCCCCUUGUAUGACAUUGAGGGCGACAGCGUGCCAUCUUUCUCACCGUCCUGCUACCAGAACCCCGAAAAAAAAUCCUCCACUUCCAAACCCCCUUACUCUUUCAGCCUUCUCAUUUACAUGGCGAUUGAGCAUUCCCCCAACAAGAGCUUGCCAGUCAAAGAAAUCUACAGCUGGAUCCUGGAGCGCUUCCCCUACUUCGCCACGGCACCCACUGGCUGGAAGAACUCAGUCCGACACAACCUCUCCUUGAACAAGUGUUUCCGAAAGGUGGAGAGAAGCCAUGGCAAGGUGAAUGGAAAAGGUUCGUUAUGGUGCGUUGACCCAGAAUAUAAGCCUAAUCUCGUCCAAGCACUGAAAAAGCAGCCUUUUCCCUCAGCACUUGCAUUUUAUACUCCGCCGGCAUCACCACCAAGUAGGUCGGCGUCCCCUCACUACCUAACUUCAGUCCUUCAGCAGAAUCACGGCCGGUCUCUCAAAGAAUCUGAUAUUGAUGCUGCUACUGCAAUGAUGCUGUUAAAUACUUCCAUUCAACAAGGGAUGUUGGACUGUGAGAAACCUCAGCCUCUGAAGGCACCUAAGAAGAGGAGCUAUGGCAGUGCAUUCAAUCCUCCCAGUUCCAUAAAUUUGCAAGAAAACGAUUCUGCAGCCACCAAUAUCGAUCCGAAGGAGGAUCACAACUACAGUGCCAGCAGCAUGGGUUCCCAGCGCUGUGCAUCUAGGUCCAGCGUGUCUUCCUUGUCCUCUCUUGACGAGGUGUAUGAAUUUAUCUCCAAGACCAGCCAUGAUGGAAGCGAUGGCAGUGAAGGAUUUCACAGCGAAGUGGAUACAGACGUUGACUAUGAAGAUGAUCCUCUUGGAGACAGUGGCUAUGCAUCACAACCUUGUGUAGAUACCUCUGAGGAAAGUCAGCCUAGCAACAAAGCACUCAAGGAGUUAUGUCAAGAAAUCGAUGAGGAGUUGAAAGAAGCAGCGGGGUCUCUGCUCCACCUUGCUGGCAUCCAAACAUGCUUGAGUUCCUUAAUAAGUACUGCAAAGACCCACUGUCAUAAGCAAAGGAAAAAAUAGUAUGUUUGUCAGUGUUGAAUAUAUACAUAUAUUUUUUUUAAUUGUGGCAAUACUCUUCUACUUCUACCCUUCACAAGGGAGAUCAAAGCCAUAAGAGGACUCAUUGCUUUUUUAUUUUUGGCGCUAACUAUAAUUUAGCCAUUUAUUUUUAAAUCACUGCCUAAAAGGAAAAAAAUUAUUUAAUCUUCUCAAAUUAGAAGAGAUGCAUGACUUGUGAAAACCUGAAAGCAUACUUCUUAAUGAUUGCUUUUUUUUUUCUUUUUAAUAGUUGAUUAUUCUUUCCCCCCCCCCCCGAGAUAUGUUUGUUCAGAUGCACAUUGUGGAUCAUAUUUACACCUCUGCUGGCCCCAUCUGGAGAGGUGAAUUUUGCCCUAAGGGCUCUGACUUCCAUGUAAAGGAUUAAAAAGGAGAAAAAAAGAAAGAAAGGGGGGGGAAAAAAGGGUUCUGGCCUUGGUUGCCUCCUCCCACUUGUCCUCUCUUCACUCUUCUGAGACAGGUCCCGUGGAAACGCUGGUGAAGCAGCUCCGAGUGGCUGCAGUUCCUCAGCCCAUCUGACACAGCAGCUGAAAACCUGUAGCACACCAGGAGCUGCUUUCAGUGAGAUGCUAAGUACCCCCUGGGAGAGUGGGGAUAAGGGGUAGCUGAGGUGGGUACUACCCCCAGUUUUCUUUUUUAACUCCUUCCCCCAAAUCUGCUGUGUGCAGGUCAGAUUCCUGAAGGAAAACAGGGGUUUUUUUCAUCUUAAGACAAAUUGUCUUUUCUUGGGGGGUGUGUGUGUCCUUUUCAUGCACACAUGCAUACAUGCACCUUGCAUGUAGCCAACAGUGAAAGCCGCCACUUGCCAAGUUCAAUGUUGUCCUUGUGUUACCACCACUGUUCAAUACGUAGUAGCUGUGCAGUCCUGCAACGUCUACCCUUCUGCUCCCCUAUACCGAUUUGGGGGAAAAAAGAACCCCACAAUUGAUGGUGGUGACGACAUGGAUGAGGUGGAGGCUUUAGGUGGCCUAGGUGGUGAACGGCUUCUGAGAAGGGAACAGUUCACCCCCUAAUCUGAGACAAACUAGAAUAGCUUCCUUUUGGAUCAGUGAACCCUGAAUUGCUUUCGGGGUUUUUGCCCCUUUCCCCCAGCGCUCGUUGUUCGUGUCAGAUGGGUGUCCAUACCUUUUGUUUCCCAGAUCACUGUGCCUUGUGCUGUGCGAGUCCUAUCGGCCUCCUGCCACAAACGGGGCAUCUAACGGGCAAGGCAGGGCUUUAGCCUUUGGAUGUACGUCGUAGCUCAGGAGGACCUCUCUGUUAUGGGAAGAAAUUCCUUCAUAAUUCAUUUUUGCAAUAAAAGAAUCUCUUUAUAGUUCCCAGACAUCCUUCGGCCAAAAAUGUUUUAGUGGUAUGGUGAACUUUUUUCUUUUUUUUUUUUUUUCCCCCUCUUAAAAUCAGUGGUUAUCGCUUACAUCUUCUUGUAGAUGUAGGCUUUUUUUUUCUUUAAGUUUUCUGUUCAAAAAUGGAUAAGCAGUUCUGUUGGAGUGGGUUUUAACAGUACUGCAAGUAUUAGGAUGCCUUAAGUAUGUUGCAGAAUCGUAUACAACUAUCGAAGGUCAUCUUUCCUGUUAGCAAAAGGUAGCGUGAUGUGCCAUAAACGUUCUCCCUAACAUGUGAAGCUAUUGCUUCCAGCAGGUGUUGGGCAAGCUGGUUGAAAAUUAGGAGCAGAGCCACCUAGGAAACCAAUGUCCACUGUUUUGGUUGCUGAAAACAGUGUUGGAUUCAGCCAAAAGUUAACCUUGCCCUAACGGGGUAUUUUUUCUGGCUAUUUGGAGGCCUUUCUUAGAUCAGUGUGUUUUGUUUUGGUGGAUUUUUUUUUUUUUUCCUUAUUUGUCAGUCUCUUCAUGAAUACUGCCAUAAACUGUCUACUUUAACUAUGAACACAGCCAUGCUGCUGAAGGUCUGUUGCUCUGAGGGCCUGUUCCAGUGCCUCUUGAAGACAACGGUGGUGCUCCCGCUGACUCAAUGGCUGUUGGAUCAAGCCUGAAAUAUUUGAGGUUCUUUGUGUUUUGGAAUUUAAAGCCAAUAUUAAUUUUGUUUUUAAAGCACAAACACUAGGAGGUAAAAAAAAAAAAAAAGUUGUGGGGUUUGUUGGGUUUUUUUUCCCCUCCAGUUACUUCAGUUUUCAGAAUGAUUCGGUUUAUUUCUUGAAAGGGAAGAAAAAUACUCUGCUGCAUUCCUACUUUGUGUGAACACCCAUUAGUCUACACCCGUAACAGAGCAACAUGCGUGCAGAUGUGUAUGUCUUCUGGGUAUCACAAGUGGUGCAUUAGCCAAUUAGAUCUGAUAUCGGAUGUGUUACUGAUGGAUAGUAGGGGUAAAACUCGCUGUUUAAAGGAAAAUUAAGUACCAACGCAGUGGUUCUUAGGAUUUUGGGAUUUGGAGAUGUGAAUGCUUGGUGGAACUGCUUUUUGCUCAGGGGUUGCUUUUGUACCUUGAUGGAAAACUGCAAAGGGCAGAGUUUGUGUCAAUGUGAAAAUUGAGGAUUCAGCUACAGAGAAAUACUGUUAGCAGUCUGGGAUUUUGCUCGGUGCCGUGACUUCAGCUGCAUGCUGUUGAAGAGGGCCUGGCUCCCGCUGAAGGUGGUUGCAGCUUUUCUGUAGCUUCCAGUGAAAGCUGGAUCAAGGUCCAAGUAUUCUCGAAACUGCCGUCAUUGUCGGCUCCGUGGUUGUUUGGUUCUGAAUUUUUUUUUUUUUUGCCGCGGAUAAAAUUUGAGAAGGUUAAUACUUACUAGGAGCGUGGCUGUGCCGCUGUUUACCCUGAAGUUGGCGAUAAUGACGUCAGCAUUUCUGAAGGGAUGAGGUUGGGAUGCUAACCACAUGCAACGAGCAAUAAAACCAUACUGAUUGGAAGUUAACGGUGAAAGCCGCAUCCAUGCGUACAGCUUUCAGCCUGGGAGAACUGGAAUUGUGGAAGGGGGGAGGCAAUUGCAGCCUUUCCCCAGGACACAGGUGGACCUAUUCCACCACGCUGUCCCAUGCCUCUGCCUCAUGUUUUGGCAGGCAAAGGCUGCCGGCUCAGUUGCAGAGCAUCGCUCUUGGUAGAGGGAGAACAGCUGCCCUUCCUUUCGCUUAUGUACCUAGCAUUGGGUUUGGGUUUGUUUGCCACCUCAGUUAGAGAUCCUGGUGUAUAUAGUAUAAAUGGAGUAUAAUUAAAAGUUAUUUUGAUUGUUGGGUUUGGGGGUUGGUUUUUUUUUUUUAGUGACAUAUGUAAAAUGUUCAUGCCAAUGGUUGACUCGGAUAUAUUUUGGCAAGAAAAGUAUUAACGAACCACAUUCAGUUCUUUAAAUACAGUGAAGAAGUGUAUGAGACUCAUGUACAAGGGAGGCUGCUCUGCUCAGGAUCAGUCUGAUACGAAUACUGUACGAACCUGUACUGGCCUUUCAGAUGCCAGUACUGAAACUGCUUUUGCAAAAGUCACAUCAAACGUUUUAAAAUCCGACUGUAAAAUGGAAGUUGUAUCCUUCACAAAUUUUCUUCAGCCUGAGAAGUAAGUACAAGCUUUGGUUAAAGCAGAGUAUGCUCAUACACGUUAAUAAUGGUGUAGUCAAAAUAUUUAUUGAAAAGAAAAGGUAGAAUAUUUUAAAUGUUGCACCUGCCAUUAUAUCUUAAAGCACAUUCUUCACACCUAACUGCCAGUGCCAUUAUCAAGUCUGUUUUAUAAAUGUACAUUUCUUCAAACUAAAAAGUGCAUAAUUAAAAGUAUUAUGUUACUGCCAUAUAGUGAUAUAAAACAUUUUAUAAUUGCCAAUUCAUUGUAACUAUUAUUUAUUUAAAAGUGAAUUGUAAGAAUGCUUUCUGAUCAAAUGAACCAGAGUUGUUUUUAAACCGUUCCCGUUAGCUUGUUUCUAAUGUAGCAUAAGCAAUGUCCUUGGGUUUGUUUAGAAUAAUUUUGCCAGUAGGUGACCAGUUCUAACCCUUUUUCCUCCAGUUUAGUCCUUUACCUGUUUUAAAGACGAUUUACAGAAGUUUAGUUUUUUGUAUGCUAAUCUCUGUUAAUUAAAAUGUUUAUAAAGUUUAUUUUUACCAAAGAGAUGCAAUUCAUUAUGACAAAAUAUUGCAAAAUAAACUUUGUUUUAUAACAUUUGUGACUUUUUCUGCCCACAUUUUUCAUUCAGAUUAUCAAAGGGGCUUUUCUAAAAUAAACAGCAUUGCAAACAGAAA